AUGCUGCCCGCCCUAUCAGCCCUCCUCCUGCUGGCCGCGGGAUCCCAGGCUGUCAAGCUUGAUGCUGCCACGCACAGCGAGCUGCUGCUCCAAGGCCGCCCCCAGGUCGGUCUCUGGAAGGCGCUCUCUGCCGAGGCCGAGAUGAUGACAUCUGAAUCUCAAGUGGUCUUCUCUGCAUCCAAACCCAAGUAUGAGGCCUACUGCUUUGACCAGCCCAUCUCCCACUUUGAGCGUGGUGUCAAGGGCACGUUCUGUCACCGCUACUGGGCCGAUGCUACCCAUUACCGCCCAGGCGGUCCUGUCUUCCUUCUCGAUGGCGGUGAAACUAGUGGUGAAGACAGGAUUCCCUUCUUGGAGAAGGGUAUUCUCCAGAUUCUGUCUGAGGCUACCGGAGGUCUGUCUAUUGUCCUGGAGCACAGGUAUUAUGGCGAGUCGGUCCCCGUGCCCUCGUUCUCGACGGACGAUCUCCGCUUCCUUAACAACGCCGAGGCUCUGCAGGAUUCUGCCAACUUUAUCAGCAACUUUAAACCUCACCCGUCCCUCCUCAACGUCACCGACGAUUACACAUUCCACCCCAACAACACCGCCUGGAUUUACUACGGCGGUUCAUACGCCGGUGCCCGUGCCGCUCACAUGCGGAUCGAGUAUCCUCACCUCGUUUGGGGCGCAAUUGCCAGCAGCGCCGUGACCCACGCGCAGAUCAACUUCCCUCAGUACUUUGACCCGAUCCAGGAGUAUGGCGAUGAGAAGUGUAUUUCCGAUCUCCAGAUGGCUGUCGGUGUGAUCGACGCGCUUCUUGACCUGCCUAGUCCUGUCCCCGAUCUCGUCAAGGGUCUCUUUGGUCUUUCCGGGCUUGAGGACGACGACUUCGCGGACGUUAUUGGAUCUCCUUUCGGCUACUGGCAGGCUCAGAACUGGGACCCCAAGGUCGGCUCUGACGGCUGGAACGACUUCUGCACUGCUCUCACCAGCGGCAAGGCUGACAGCAAGAUUGGCCUUGUCAAGAUAGGUCAGUUUUGCCGACCAUAUGCGAAGCUCAUCCCCAGUGCUUUGGCUCUCACGACGACUCCAAGUUCCAGGAGACCGACCUUAAGCAGACUUGGCGCUUGUGGCUCUUCCAAGUGGGGCUACUUCAUGCCUGCUCCCGAGGAUGGAAGUCCCUCCAUCAUCUCUCGCCGUGUGACUCUCGAGUACACUUCCAAGAUCUGCAAACAGGCGUACCUCCCUGGCGAGCACUUUACUGUCCCCGAGUGGCCCGAUGUCGAGGAGGUCAACCGUCGUGGCGACUACGCCAUUGAGGCUGACCGUCUGGCGUUUAUUGAUGGUGACCGUGACCCUUGGCGUGUGAUGACCCCUCAAAGCGAUGUGGCACCAAAGCGCAAGUCGUCCGUCAACAAGCCACUUCACCUCAUCUACGAUGCUAUCCACCACUAUGACGAGAACGGCCUCAAGGAUCACUCCAAGGAGCCCGCCCGUAUCCAAGACGUGCACGAGUUUGAGGUCCUGUUCAUCCAGGAGUGGCUUGCUCAGUGGCGCGAGCACCAAGCUGGCCCCACCCUCCUCGUCCCCUUCACUGCCGGUGGGGACACUCUUGACAUAGCCAAGGUCGCCCCCCUCAAUGCAAGCCACUACAACCAGACCGAUCACUCGUUUGACGCUGAAAUCUGGGACUUGAUCCCUCUCGGCCGCGGGGGUGGUAACCUCAUCGAGAGCUGGAAGCAGAUGACCUCAGCCGCCGCGACGAACGCCGCCAGGGCACAGCGAGCCAUCGAACCCUUGUCUGGACAUGAGUACAGCCUUACAUCGCUAUCCAAGGCGGUUCCCUACCACGAGCGCGCCAGCAUUGCCCACGCCGCAAUGCAUCUGGAGACGCUGUGCCACACGCUGUUUGACCUCAUGAACGAGGACUCCGAGGGCACGAAGCUCGUUCGCCCACUUGUGCGCCCACACCACAUGGUAGCACAGCAUAAACCACGACACAAGAUUGAGGGUUUGGAUGUGCUGGUGCCACGUCUGGAGAAGGUACAGGCAGAAGGCGAUGUCGACUUUGACAGCGGCGACUACUUUUCCGCCCUGUGCCGAUACUACACCGCUCUUGUGGAGCUCUACCCUUGGACAAGCACGCCACUUCUCUUUACCUAUCACGAAGCGUGUGAAUAUGGUAUCGCCCAGCUCAACUCUCGGCUGUGGGAACGCAUCGCCGCUGCUGCACUCAAACUCGCCCCGACGUGUCCCAGCCCACAGAGCAUGUACCAUGCGGCUAAGGGUGCGGCUGACGUGGUCAUCAACAUGCGUUUUGUGGCCCGCAGCGUACUCGCUCAAGCGUUCCACCACAACGGCGAAGCGUUCAAGGCCCUGGAAGAACAACAAGCAGUCGAUUGUGCUGAGCUUGGAAUUCGUGUAGCUGCUUCUGGUGCAGCAGACGACUGGGCUCACUCGAAGUGUUACACUCGCCACGUUUGCGCCGACACAUCAACGGCGGACCUUUGA